AUGCGUCACCUUUCUAAAAUUACAUCAUGUUACUGGGAUGAAGAACCAGAAAAUGUAAAAGAAUUUUACAAAAAGCUAUCUGAGAAAGCUAAAUCUUUGUAUAAGCUGAAAAAUCUGAUUCAAAUUUUAUUUGAUAAAUAUAUGAAUGAAGUUGAAAAGGUUUAUGUAUUACAGGUUGAUCUUCCGAUUGAAGAUAAUUCUGCCAGUGUUAUGAAUUUUUUCCUCGACAACAAUUAUAUCAAUUAUUCCCAAGCUAGUUUUCCUAAUAAUUAUACCCAAGACUUUGAGGUUUCCGUUGAGGAUAUAAUUUUUAUGCCACUGAAUUCAUAUCUUCCCAUAGAAGAAGAUUAUUACGUUUGUAACUUCUUCGAUCAAGAGUAUAGGAUGGAUUAUAUUUUUACUGAUUUCGUAUCGGUUGAAAAUAACCUAAAAAAAGUUUUAGCUUAUGGUACAGACUCAAAUUAUAUUAAUAAUGAAAUCGGAGAAGCUCUUCCCAUUGAAAAUAUGAAUAUGUACCUUUUUGAAGAUCAAUGA